AUGAACUCCAGGCAGGUGAGCCAAUCUAGUGAGUCUUCCAGCUGGAAUGAAGAGGAGGACAUAUGCAAUGCCCAAGACGAGGUAGCUGUUCAGUUCUUGUCCUAUGCAUUCAUAGAUGACAGCAUAGCUAGAGUGUUGACAAACCUGAUCUGGAAGUAUCAAAAGCAGGAGACAAUCACCAAAGCAGAUAUGCUGCGCACUUUGGGCCCUGAUUAUGAUAACGAACAAACGCCAGUAUUCAAGAAACUCUAUGAAACCAUGUGUAUGAACUUCGGCAUUGAAAUGAGGGAAGUGGACCCCACGAGCCACACUUAUGCCCUUUUGCCUAUCUUGGGCCUCACUUACAAUGGGAUAUACAGUGCUAAUUACCAGUGCCUUUCCAAAAUCGACCUCUUGAUAGUCAUCCUGACUAUCAUCUUCGUGAAAGGCAACUGUGCCAGUGAGGACGACAUCAAAGAAUACCUAAGAAAAAGGGACAUGUUAGCUCAGAAUGAUCACUUUGUUCUUAAGGAGCCCUGGAAAUUCAUCACUGAAAAAUUGGUAGAGUUAGGAUAUCUAGAGUACCGGCAGGUGGCCAACAGUGAUCCUGCUCGCUAUGAGUUCCUGUGGGGUCCAAGGGCCCACGCUGAAACCACCAAGAUGAAAGUCCUGGAGCAUUUGGCAAAGGUUAAUAGGAGAGAACCCAGUACCUACCCACGUCUGUAUGCAGAUGCUUUGGGACAGGAGCAAGAGGCUGCCCAUGCAUCAGAUAUGGACCAAUAA